GAGAGAGGCGACGACAGCGAACCCGCUUCAUCGAAGGCUGCAACGAGUACCUUCCCCAACGGGUUCAGCUUGGACAUGCUGACGACGGCUUGGUUCAUCCUGGUGGCGAUCGCCAUCCCCUGCCAAGCCUACCUGGACGACCGGGUGCGCUUGGAACGGCACUGGACAGGCUUCAGCCCUACGAAGGACAAAGUCCUUGAGGGAUCUCGUAUCACCUCCCCACAAGGUCAGCGCGACCAGAGAUACAAACCAGAUGACGCACUUGCAAGAUUUCGACUGGAUUUCGCGGAUCAAUUCGCGAUCGAUCGCAGACUUGACGACGGUCUUCCAGACCGUAGGCGUACCGAAGACGACACAAUGAGCCCGAAUGAAAAUAUUCGGGGCCAUCGCAGGUACAGCGAUUGGGAUUCGCGAAGGGACAACAGGAACGGCCGCCUGGAGCGCUCUGCUCAGUAUGUCAGAAGUAGGUUUGAAGACCCAACAAGAAACGAGCGUAGGACGAGACAAGAGACACCAGAGUCUAGACUGGGUGAUCCCCGAAGAGAGUUCAGGGACAUGCGACGUACGGCUGAACAUCGCCUGAAGCGCUUUGCUCAGCAUGCUGGAAGUGACCUUGAAGACACGACAAACGACCGCAGGACGAGCCAAAAUAUACUAGAAUCUCGACUGGGCAAUUCCCAAAGAGAGUUAGGAGACAUGCGACGUACGGCUGAACAUCGCCAGGGGCGCUCUGUUCAGCACGCUGACCUUGAAUACGCGACAAGAAUUGAACGCACGGCGAGACAACGAACAAUAGUAUCUCGAUUGGGUGAUUCCCGAAGAGAGUUCAGGGACGAGCGGCGUGCGGCUGAACAUCGCCUGGGGCGCUCUGUUCAGCACGCUGAAAACGAACAGGAAGACUCGAGGGCAAAAGACGAGUCAAGAACGAGACAAGAGAUGUUAGAACGCCGAUCUGCUAAUUCUGAACGUCGCUUGGAUCACUCUUCUCGGGAUGCAAGCAUCAGGUUCGAAAACGUGAGGACAAGAGACGGGCAUAGAACAAGACCCGAUACCGUAGAAUCGCAGACAACCAGCUCACGGUGGAAUGAACUGGAGCGUGAAAUUCGGUACAAAACCAACGCAAACGACGCAAAUCAUCAAGCGAGGAGAGCAGCGAACUUUCAAGCGAUUGUAAACAGCUUCGUCAGUCUACAAGAGACAGAGAGUGAGCCGAGGAACCACGCGAUCCCCAUAAGACGCGCAGCAGUACGCGUAAACGGCUUUACGACUUUGGACAGCAUCAUAGGUCGAUCAACGGUUGAUGCAAGGAAGAGGACAACUUCAAGGAGUUCAACUGAACGAUUGACACCAAAUCUAUCGAGGGACAGGACGUCAGAAUCACGUACGCGCUUCCAUUCCACUGACGACCGCAGAGGGAAACUUAUUUCUGACUCGAUCUUUUACGGGGAUGACAUGAGGGACUAUCGUAGCCACAUGAGGGCCACGCGUGACCAUCGUGGAUUGGAAGACUUCCGCGCGACUUCUAAACCACUUUUUGACGAGGUCGAUUUGGAGGACCGCGCGAUUCAUCUUCGCAGAGAUAACCGGCAGUCAGGUCUGCAGCAUCGAGAUCAGAGGAUGACCGAGCGCGAAGCGAAUGUUCAGAAUCGAAGAUUCUCGACCGAUUCGACAAGAAAUGAAAUGCUCGCCAAGGGCAGUCGCCUUCACGAGAGUCGAUGGAGGGUGACAGAGCACGCAAAAGCAAACAACCAGAUCCGUGAAAGCCGCCGGGACAACGUAGUCGACGAGUCCGUAAAUUACGACGACCCUGUGAAUAGAAGGCAACGACGAAACGCCGGCUCCCGAGACGACUACCACUUUGCGAGCGCCAAGGCGGUAGUUCGUGCGUCCAACGCGGUCAUUCACAAUCGUCGGGAGGCGGCAGGGGCAGAAGAGAUCGCGCACAAUCUUAGGACCGACCGUGUGAGAGAGCCAGAAUUCAGCAGAAAACACGGCCAUCACAGAACAGUCGACGUCCGCCGCGUUGAUAAUCGAAAAUCCAAGCCUUCGUACGAUGCCAACCGUAUCCGUACGAACUCGAGAGAAAACCUCUUAAGAGACACCAACAUACGGGAGUACAUCUCUGUCCGCAGAGGUUCAAAUGUGCGCCGGGAUAGAGCAGAGCCUUGGCCCUCCAGGCGCCAAUCUGAUCGUUUAAUAUACGACAGAAUUUUAGAUCUCGGCCAGCAAUUCGAAAAAAUGAACAGGGAAGAUCUGGUUCACAGCAGCUUGCCUCAAAGUCUUGCUCGCGAGGAGCGAUUUACUCGACGCACGGGGCAGGAGAAAAGGAACCGGGACAACCGUGUGCGCUCUAACGCGGAGGUUGAGAUAGUUGGGGCACGGAUGGAGGAUGCAAGGACACAAGUCCAGGACGCUUCCCGUCACAGUGAAAGGACAGCUAGAAUGGUAAUGGAACAAAGAAUGCUCUUGGAGACUGCUAUCCGAACAUCGACAAAUAGUCAUAUAUUCGAACAAAGGGAGACUGGCUCCAGAGGCCAUGGUGCCAGCGAUGAAACUGGCCGAUACGACAGAGUCGAACGGACUGGUAAGAGCCAGGACGUUCGUGAACUCAGAACUGGGGAAGCCACAAGGGACCAAAGGAUGGUCAGUCUAACGCGAGAGCUCGACUCUGGAGAGCCAAGGGUAGCUCGCGGAACAAUCAGGAUGGAGCCAAGGGUAGCUCGCGGAACAAUCAGGAUGGAGCGCUUAGAAGAUCAUCGCAGAAACCGCAACUCAGUUGAGCGAGAUGCAAGAGUAAGAAUGAAAUCUGACGAGGAAGAGCGCCGCCGUGAUGCUAGGCAAGUCGAACGCUUCGCGAGACCAAAUGGUGGCAUGCUCGUCGGAAAAACCGAUCAUCGACGAGAAAUUGAACUUUUGUCCAACGCUGGAGCUUGGAUCGAUGGUCGUCGAUCGCACAUGACAGCUACUUACAUGAGCCUGAGUGGAGAAACAGACCUUGGAAGUUCAAAACGAGGCGACCGAAGCCAUCCCUGUCCUUCGAAGGAAGCGCUGGCUCUGGGAAAUGUCCUUGGCGAAUCAUACCAGAAAGAGUCGUCCGAAACCACCGCUGCGGUUACCGACGCAUUGAAGGAGGCAAUCACCUUAUCCGGACAUCGAGACAGAUACAAUCCCAAGUUUCACAAGCUCCCCUUCAUGAACGAGCCAGAUUCCCCACUGUUUACGACAGACAAGCUGCCCAAGUGGGAGCAGCUGAUCUCAGCCAGAACGUCGGACUACGACCUCCAGCCCCAUCCACAUAGUGUGCCACAGAAGCAGAAUUUGCAUUGGAUCAACAACAUAAUCACAAGAGCUACCGACCCCAACAGCUGGUUCCAGACCGCAUUGGCCGUCAGCAUGGUUGCCUGGACAACUUGGCUGCCGAACAAGAAAAUCUCCGUGGCUUAAAACUUUCGCAGCACCCUUCCAAGAUGCAUGCCUGUCUCACCACAGCUUUACUUCAGUGUACCGGUGCUGCCGCAGUCUAAAGAUAUACGAAUGCCUGACCGCCAACCCUCGGCUGCUUCGGAGAGCGAUGAGGAAUAAAGUGACUAAUGGUAUGGGCACAGAAAUCUUCAAAAGAUGUAUGAGCUAAUUUUCUUCACCACAGUAAAGACGAAUGGUGGUCUGGCAUUCAUUUUUCUCUUGACCUCGACAGUAAAUGAACCCCCUUUAUUUGCGAAGUGAAAAACAAUUUUGGGUUUCUCGGCAUAUUGAUGAAGGUAUUACCGUAAAAUACCGGGGGAGCGCCCACCCUGAUUUUUGCUGAAAACUGGGUUGAUCUAGACAUGGUUGCUUGUCCGGUCAAAAUAAGUGCUUAACGUAUAAUAUGCAGAAUUCUCAAGUUUUGGAAAUUUUAAUUAGUUGGUGCUUGAACGAAGUGCGCACUAUUGGGGUAUUUUACGGUAUACAACUGUUACAGUGCUUGUAAGCAAACCAAAGCCAUGGACAAUACAUUGUUUAAGCAAUUGUUUUUAGUUGCCAUCUUAGAGGAAAAGUAAUACUAUGAUGCUGCAUCGAUAGCUUAGUACCUUUUAACCCAAAACGACAGCUUGCCCUAUCACAGCUUGCCUCGAUAAACCAGCUAGUGUUUGUCAUCCUGAUGCCAUUCAAAAAUACUGCACCUAGUAUAUUUUAGGUAUACUGCACCUUAUACCACUGCUGUAAAAUGUCCCUUAUUUUGAUGUAGUAAUAAAGUCACCACUGCAAGGAUAAAUA